AAUGGAUCCGAUCCAUUGCAGGUAUGGCUGAUGUAAGAGGAAGUUGUGGUACAUGCAAUGAAAGGUGUGGUUGUCCUUCUCCAUGCCCCGGCGGAAUCUCUUGCAGGUGCGCAUCGUCGGAUGCAAGCAUGGAGCACAAGAGAUGCUCAUGUGGAGAGCACUGUGGGUGCAAUCCUUGCACAUGUCCAAAGAGUGAAGCCGCUACUGGAAAGGCCAACUGCAAGUGCGGUCCUGGCUGCGCCUGUCCCACCUGUGCCGCUUAAACUUAAUUACUAAUUACUCCCUAGCUAUUACGUACCUGCAUGCAUCAUAUACGUCAUAUAUAUGCUUACCUUUCCUAAAUUAAUUAUUAGGACUAUAUCCUCUCUCUCAUCCAUUUUAAA